AUGCUGGGUGGGGUGUGCGUGCCGGCGGUGUUGACUCAGGCCAAACUUCGUCGGAGAAAUGCGGGUAAUAUUACAACCACUCAACCCAUUCAACUGCACACUGAUGAUGUCUCCUCGUAUGGUGACGAAACGUUUGCAAGCCAGUUGCCAAGCCACCUGAUCAACAACCAAUAA